GUGUUGCCGGGAUAUUCAAACCAGUUGGUACUCAAAAGUUGAAACACGUAUAUAACAAUUUUUAACAAAAAUUUUACGAAAUUGUGAUUUAAAUCUGGAAAUGCUCUUUUAAGAAAACAAUUUCAUAGCUUCACAAAGAAAUGAAAAAAAAGUAAUGCGAAUGAAAAAUUUGUUCAACAAGUUCUCAAAACUUAACAAGGGCAAAAUAUUUUCAUUAAAAAAGUCACAUAAUUUAGCCAAAAAUAAAGCAUACAAAAAUGCAGAAAAAUUUAUUUUUGUAUUUGUAUGUGUUUAAAAAGGAUUAAAGUAACAUACAAUUCAUAAUAAGUAUUUUGCAAAGCUAGCACAAUAAUAACAUUAUUUUACAACUUUUACAACAAUAAACGAAAACAACACAAAACCACAAAAGAAAAAUAUAAAAACACAACAAUAAAGCAAGGAUUAAACAAGGAUUAUUAAACAACAGGGAUUACCUUAACAGUAAUACAUAAAAGAUCCCGUCAUCUGAAAUACAAAUUGCGGUGUGAGUACUAAAAAACCUCAUGUACAAUAGAGCACAAUUAGUGAAGUGUGAAAUGUUAGCAUAAAGUUGAGCUUAUAUACAACGAGAUUUAAUUUCCUGUAAAGAAAAUAAGAUAAAAAAAUAUAAAAUGGGUCGUGCAAAAAAAACAAUCGCUGAAGAUCUCGUCAAUGUCGAUGAGGAUAAGGAACACGCCAAAUGCCUUGUGUGUGAUAAGGUCUUAAAAUUUCACAUGGGAAAUAUUAAAAGACAUUAUCAACAACUACAUAAUAAGGAUUUUGUUAUGCUAGAUUCGGAUGUCCUUCCAUCAUCGUCAAAGAAAAGAAAAAUGGUAUUGGUACCAUUACAAAUGGAUAAGAAGGAAUACCUUAAAAUUAUUGGCAAAACAGUUUCGCAACUACAUAUGCCUUUUAGGUUCUUUGACGAUGAAGUAUUUCAAAAACUUUUACAACCUUGGACUACAGCAUAUGAUGUCAAAUUCAAUUCAAAAUCCAUCAGUACGCAUGUGAAUAAUAUAAGUAAAACACUUCGUUCUGAAUUGACAGAUAAAUAUUUCUUUGAAAAGGAUAACGAAUAUUUGCAGACAGAUAUUAAAGUUCAACUGGAUAUUACUUUAAAAAAAAAACAUAAAAGCGGACAAAAAAAUCCAGAAUCCAGAAGUUAAAUUAUCAACACUAUUUUUUGCAAAGUGAUGUGAUUCCUUAUUCAUUUCCUAUUGAAUUUUAAAUGAAAUUUGUGAUUUUUAUAUCAAGAUGACAUAUUUUGUUUAAUCCUAGAAAUAUUAAUAUUUUUAAUGAAUUAUAAUAAAGAAACUAAGAACA